AUUUAAUAAGAAACUUAGUCACAUUUGAAUGCAUUACUAAAUUAAUUAAUUUUAAUGAUAUUAGUCACAAUGACUGCAAAAUAGCCUCCAGGUAUAACACAGGUACUCCUACAGCAUUUAAUUUAAUAUCUUCUAAUAUGACGUAAUAUUUAAAACGGUAUAUGAUACACAUAUCUAAUAACCAUCUAAUACGAAAAAUAACAACAAGAAUUUUAAUUACACAACAAGUUAAUUAAUUAACGUACGAAUCAUUUCACAGAUAAACAAGUACACACGCUUGUUACUCUAAUCAUAAAAACUCCGUCGAUUAGGUACAAGCAAAUACAAUUAAUUAGAACAGCGUAAAUUCGAAUUUCGCUUCGACAAAAAUCUCACAUUGUAAUCUAUUUACGGGAGAGAUUACAUACGAAAUCGAAAAAAACGAACAAUCGUAGAUUUAGAUAUAUUAAUAACGAGAACACAAUCACACAGAAGCAUGUCCGACCUUCGUUAUUCCACAAUAAAUCGGUACAAAACAACGUCGAAAUUAGUAACAAUCCGCGAUUCUUCGAUUCGAUCAUCGAUGUCGAGAUAAUUUCCACGUUUAGAAAUAUUCAACUAUACCUGUUCUCUUAAUAGCUGCUUCAUAUUUCUCUUCGACUUCAGUCGAUUGCGGUUUAGUUUAUUGCUAGGAAGUGUCGAAAUGAGCCACAAACCCACUGUGAUCGUGUCUUCUCAAAGGACAUCCUAUAUCAGAGAUGAUGCAUCUAGCGGCAUUCUCGGCGUUAAUGAAUUCAGCAAUAAGAACAUUUGGAAGGCUUUGGUAGCGGAAUGUUUGGGUACCUUUGUUUUGGUACUCAUCGGCACCGGUUCUUGUAUUAACAUGGGGGAACCCACCACCGAUGUAGUACCAUAUGUUAGAAUCGGUUUCACCUUUGGAUUGACUAUAGCAACUCUGGCUCAGGCAAUCGGCCACAUUAGCGGUUGUCACAUAAACCCCGCCGUUACAUUCAGUUUACUUUUAACCGGCGACAUUAAAUUAGCAAAAGCCAUUUGCUAUGUAAUCGUCCAAUGCGUCGGAGCAAUCGGGGGAUCGGGAUUAUUAAAAUUAAUAGUACCGGAUUCGAGAGUUGGCGGAUUCGGCGUGACCGCCAUCGGCGACAAAGAAAUGACCGCCGUGCAGGGGAUGCUGAUGGAGGCGGUCCUGACCUUCCUGCUGAUAUUCGUCAUUCACGGAGUCUGCGAUUCCUACAGGAAGGACGUGAAAGGAUCCGCUCCGUUGGCGAUCGGCUUGGCGGCGGCGGCGGCGCAUUUCUGCGGGAUACAAUAUACGGGAUCGAGCAUCAAUCCGGCACGUUCGUUCGGUCCUGCUGUUAUCAUGAACUCCUGGGUGGACCAUUGGAUUUACUGGGUGGGACCUCUAUUGGGGGCGGCUGUGGCCGCCGCUUUCUACAGGCUCCUCUUCAAGGUGCACAAGGAAGAAUCUUACGAUUUGUGAAUGAAUAUACUCCGCCGCGUUGUUUGUAGGAUUUAAUUAAAAAACAUGCUAAUUUUUAUGUUAUAUUUUUUUUAUGUAAAUAAAGAGUUUUAAUCCGCGAUCGGAGAGGUGUGGAAGAGGUAACUUAUUUAUUCUUUGGAGCAGUACUCACAUUGUAUUCAAACGGAAUUGUAAAUAAAAUAUACGGAAUUACUAAAAAUUGUGUAGA